CGGUAUUUAUUAUUCAUUCAUAUUAAUAGCCACAAAGGGAGCAAAUUAUGAUCGGAAAGGGAAAAUAUAAUAAUCCUUCGCGAUCUGGUUUUGAGUGUAAGACGGCUGGCUCAUCAGUAUGUUAACGAUCCAUGAACUUUGCCACAACCAAGAUGGCGUCACGUCGACGGAAAUUAUAGCGCCCAAUAUGGUAUCUCGCUAUAUUUAUUUUUUCUUCUCGCGUAUGUCCGCACUCCAUUACAUAUUUACGAAAAUGCGACCACCGACCGGGAAGACGACGCGCAGAUAAGCGGCCAAAUGUUUGCGUCUUUGGGGAAAAGCAGGCCUUUUAAAAUCAGGAGCCUCCACCCGAACACGAAGUACGGCGUUGCAGCGCGCGACCUGAAGGAGUUGCUGAAAAAGGGUUGCACCUUAUUCGAGUUGCCACUUUCUGGUGCGCAUGUUUGUUUGUACGCAGACGGCACAAAGGUGACAAAAGAAUUCUUCGCAACGUUGUCAGACAACACAGAACUUGUUCUCCUGACUAAAGAUCAGUCAUGGGGCGGAGCCGUGUGCGACAUUUCCCAGUUGCUGAGCUCGGACCGGCACACCGCAGGUCUGGUCCGGGCGGCCAAGGGCCUCCUCUCGGACGAGAAGUCCCCCAAGAGGCAGAAAAUACUGAGCGACCUUCUCCGGAAUCUGGAAGACAGGUCUGAGCUGGAGAGCAGAGACGAGGACGAAGACUGGUUCAAGGGCGUAGAGUCUCGCUUCAAGACCAAGUCGGCCUACAUGAAGUACAACUGCGAAAACAGGAUAAGAAGUUAUAUGAAAGAGUUGGACGAAGCCACCAAAUCCGUGACGAAGGCUAAAGUCCGAGUAGAAUGUGCGCAAGCGUCGGAGAGCAUCUCGGAGAUGCUGAAGUCCGACAAAUUCAACGGCUGCUACUUCGACCGCACUCAGAAGGAGACGCGUCGACUCUGCACCCGAGAAGGCUGGUUCACCUGCCAGGUACUGAACCGAGCGUUACGGUCUUCGUCGGAAAGGCGCAAUCACCGAUACUUGCAUCCGCAGGGCUCUUUCGACCAGACGAAAUGUGCGUGGCUGCAUUCCAUCAAUCCGUACGGCAACAGAGAGAGCCGCAUCAUUUUCAGCACUUGGAAUUUGGACCACAGGAUUGAAAAGAAGCGGACGGUAAUUCCUGCCCUCCUGGAAGCGCUGCAGAAUCACAAAAGCGAGGACAUCAAUUUGACCUACUUCUACCGGCUGCUGUUCACGCGGGACAAUCUGAAGCUGGUCCACAUCGUGUGCCACAAGAAGGGAGCCCACAACCUCCGGUGUGACCCAGACAAAAUCUUUAAAAGAGACAACAGAAAGCGCCGUGGGAAGAAGAUACGCUUGAAAUGAAUU